GGCUUCUUUAUUUAGUCUAUUUCCUAGCUAGCUUAAAUUCUUGUGAUCCAACAAAAUUUUCAGACGACAUUCAGAAAGCUACCUUAAACUCCAAUAAACUAGGACAAUUGUCACAAAAAUGAAUGUUGAUCAUCCUAAAUAUCUCCAUUCAGUCAAAACCAAAGAAGCUGCAGCUGCUGCUACUACUGCUACUACUACUAUUGGUGUCGCGAGUUGUAAGGUGGGGAGAAGGCGGAGGUUGAUAUCUCGAGAAGCUUCUAAUUUGAGCAACUUGUCCGUGGAAGCCGGGGGUGGUGAGUAUCAUGCACAAGAACCCGCGGCUGUGCCCUUUGUGUGGGAAUCAAGUCCAGGUACACCCAAGCGCCACGUUAUUAUGAGGUCUUCUAAUUAUGAUCAUCAAGUUGAUCACUUGUUUCCUCCCUUAACUCCCCCGCCUUCGUAUCAAUACAAAGGUAACAAAUAUUCAAGCACAAGAAUAAGGCCGGCUUUUAGUUCUAGCAAGAAAAAGAUGAAAGAAAAUGAUGGUAAUAGUAACCUUAUUCAAUCAAUAUUUCCAAGAUUGUCUUUUACUAGAGAUCAUUCUCCAACAUUGUCAUCAUCCUCAUCUACCAAGUCAUCAUCACGGCCAUCAACUUCGAAUUCUUCAUCAUCAUCAUCAUCGCCGUCUUCACAAUCGCGUUCCGUGGUGUCAACUCCUUCUCCUAUACAUAGGCAGAAGUUGUCAUUUGAGUACCCUAGUGUAGAAGUAGAGGAGGAGGAAGAGGAAAGAGUAGUGGGUAGGAGUGGUUCCCCUGUUUCUACUUUGUGUUUUAGUCGUCUUUCUUGUUGCAAUGCCAAGUUUCGAUGUCUCUACUCGACUUGGUUCUAGCUUAGAUGAGCAAUUCGCCAUUGCAACACAUUGGGUUACCAUAUAUAUGUUACAUUUUUGUUUUUGCAAAUACCUACCAAUUAGUUCUGGUGAUUCCUAAUUAGAUCCAUUCGUAUUAUGUAAGUUUAAGAUCUAGUUGCUUUAAGAAAUACCCUAAAUAAUGCAAAUAUUUCAAUGGCAAGGAUGCUUAAUAAAUUACAUAUCACUCAUCAAUUGCUAUCUAAUACGUAUGUACAAUAUAAUAUGUGUAAAAGCGUCAUUAG